AUGUUGUCGACAAGAGCGGCUGCGCGGCAGCUGGUAUGUUUCCUCUGAUAGCUCUACAGCUCCCGCCAGUGAUGUGUCGAUGGCCAGAGACGCUGACGAUGAGGUUCUAUAGCCCCGGCUGCUGGGCCGCCGCAACUUUGCUACCGUCAAUGACGCCCUCACCAAGAAGGUCGAGAUGACCAACUGGGAGAAGGGCCACUACAUCAACUAUGCCAAGAUGAACGAGAACCUAAACAUCGUGCGGCAACGCCUCAACCGUCCCCUCACAUACGCCGAGAAGAUCCUCUACUCGCAUUUGGACGACCCUCAUGGACAAGAGAUUGAGCGUGGAAAGAGCUACCUCAAGCUCCGACCGGACAGAGUUGCUUGCCAGGAUGCCACUGCUCAGAUGGCCAUCCUCCAGUUCAUGAGCGCCGGCAUGCCCAGCGUAGCAACUCCUUCGACUGUGCACUGUGACCAUCUGAUUGAGGCUCAGAUUGGUGGUGAGAAGGACUUGGAGAGAGCAUACGCGAUCAACAAGGAAGUCUACGAUUUCUUGAGCACCUCUUGCGCCAAGUACAACAUCGGUUUCUGGAAGCCCGGCUCUGGUAUCAUCCACCAGAUUGGUCCGUACAGCUCAAUUCUUGGACGAAGAAGCUUCCUGCUAACAUCAUACAGUCCUCGAGAACUACGCUUUCCCCGGUGGUCUCAUGAUCGGUACUGACUCUCACACUCCCAACGCUGGUGGUCUUGGUAUGUGCGCUGUCGGUGUUGGUGGUGCUGAUGCCGUCGACGUCAUGGCCAACCUGCCAUGGGAGGUCAAGGCUCCAAAGGUCAUUGGUGUCAAGCUUACUGGUCAAUUGAGCGGCUGGACUGCGCCAAAGGGUAGGUGAAUUCAGCACAAACGUUGAGGUACAGCAGACUGAUCAGUACAGAUAUCAUUCUCAAGGUGGCAGGCAUUCUGACCGUCAAGGGUGGAACUGGUGCCAUUGUCGAGUACCAUGGUCCAGGUGUGGACAGCAUCAGCUGCACUGGUAUGGCCACGAUCUGGUAUGUCUCAAUUGUUAAUCGCAAAGUGUUGCCGCGCUGGAAGUUGCUGCUGACUAGCGGAUCAGCAACAUGGGUGCUGAAAUCGGUGCCACCACCUCCGUCUUCCCAUUCAACGACCGCAUGUACGACUACCUCGCCGCCACCAAGCGUCAACACAUCGGAGACUUCUCCCGUUCCUACGCCGCCGAGCUUCGCGAAGACCAGGGCGCCGAAUAUGACGAGCUCAUCGAGAUCAACCUCAGCGAACUCGAGCCACACAUCAACGGACCAUUCACCCCAGAUCUUGCCACUCCCCUCAGCAAGUUCAAGGAGGCUGUCAAGGAGAACAAGUGGCCUGAGGAGCUCAAGGUCGGCCUCAUCGGCUCUUGCACCAACUCCUCGUACGAGGACAUGAGCCGUGCUGCCUCCAUCGCCCAGGAUGCGCUUGACCACGGCAUCAAGGCAAAGAGCAUGUUCACUGUCACACCGGGCUCUGAACAGAUCAGGGCGACCAUCGAGAGAGGUCAGUGAACUAUCCCAGCCCUUUAACAAUGGCACAUCAGGCUGACUUUUUCAUACAGAUGGACAGCUCAAGACCCUCGAGGACUUUGGUGGUUUGGUUCUGGCCAACGCCUGCGGUCCAUGCAUUGGUAAGCGGAUCACGUCUACGUCUGAGUGAUCAAUCCUGUGCUAACACGCAGUAGGCCAGUGGGACAGACGCGAUGUGAAGAAGGGAGAGCCAAACUCGAUCAUCUGCUCCUACAACCGUAACUUUACCGGUCGUAACGACGCCAACCCAGCCACACACUCCUUCGUUACCUCGCCCGAUAUCGUUGUCGCCAUGACCCUCGCCGGUGACCUCACCUUCAACCCACUGACCGACACCCUCAAAGACAAGGACGGCAAGGACUUCAAGCUCAAGGAGCCAACUGGUGAUGGUCUGCCAAAGAACGGAUACGACCCAGGCCGUGACACCUACCAGGCUCCUCCAGAGGACCGUGCCAACGUCCAAGUCGCUGUCUCUCCUACCUCCGACCGUCUGCAGAUCCUUGAGCCCUUCCAGGCUUGGGACGGCAAGGAUGCCACAAACCUCCCAAUCUUGAUCAAGGCCCAGGGAAAGACGACUACCGACCACAUCUCGAUGGCUGGCCCAUGGUUGAAGUACCGUGGCCACUUGGACAACAUCUCGAACAACAUGCUGAUCGGUGCCAUCAACGCUGCCAACGGCGAGGCCAACAAGAUCAAGAACCAGGAGACUGGCGAGGUCGAUGCCGUUCCAGCUGUCGCUCGUGACUACAAGAAGAGAGGCAUCAAGUGGGUCGUCGUUGGUGACUGGAACUACGGAGAGGGCUCCUCCCGUGAACACGCUGCUCUGGAGCCAAGACAUCUUGGAGGUCUUGCCAUCAUCACCCGAUCUUUCGCCCGUAUUCACGAGACCAACUUGAAGAAGCAGGGCAUGCUUCCAUUGACCUUCACCAACCCAGAGGACUAUGACAAGAUCAAGCCAGAUGACCGAGUCGACCUCAAGUGCACCGAGGUCGCUGUUGGCAAGCCAGUCACCAUGACCGUGCACCCUGCGGACGGCGGCAAGGCAUUUGACGUGUCCCUCAGCCACACCUUCAACGAGUCGCAACUCGAAUGGUUCAAGAACGGCUCUGCAUUGAACACAAUGGCAAAGUCUGCGGGAGGUAAAUAA